AUGGCCUCGCGCAAGAAAGUUCUUCUCAAGGUUAUCAUUCUUGGUGAUAGCGGUGUCGGAAAGACCAGUUUGAUGAACCAAUAUGUGAACAAGAAGUUCAGCGGAAGCUACAAGGCCACCAUUGGAGCUGACUUCCUUACCAAGGAAGUGCUCGUAGAUGACCGCCUAGUCACGAUGCAGAUUUGGGAUACCGCUGGCCAGGAACGUUUUCAAUCAUUGGGUGUUGCUUUCUACCGAGGAGCUGAUUGCUGUGUUUUGGUCUAUGACGUGAAUAACUCCAAGAGUUUCGAGGCACUGGACAGCUGGAGGGAUGAAUUCUUGAUCCAGGCCAGCCCCCGUGAUCCCGAGAGUUUUCCUUUUGUCGUCCUUGGCAACAAGAUCGAUGUCGAAGAAAACAAGCGCAUGAUUUCAUCCAAACGUGCUAUGACAUUCUGCCAGUCUAAAGGUAACAUCCCAUACUUUGAGACUAGCGCCAAAGAAGCUCUCAAUGUUGAGCAGGCAUUCGAAGUUAUUGCCCGCAGUGCUCUCGCUCAGGAGGAAGCUGAGGAGUUCAAUGGUGAAUUCAGCGACCCGAUCAACAUCCAUCUGGAUAAUGAACGUGAUGGAUGUGCUUGUUAA